GCUGUCGUCAGAGUGGUUUCUCCCUCCCGACCGUGUUCCUCCCCAUGCUUAACCUUCCCUUCCCUCAAAUAAGGAGCGUUUAACCGUCGUUUGUUUCGGUUGGUGGCGCGCGCUGUGUGGGAGAAGGGAGAGACGGGGGGGAUUCGACUAGUGAGGGGGGCCUCGCCGCCGCCGCCCCUGUCCCCCCUCUCCCGGCAUAAGCAGGGAUUUGUUUUGUUACGGAGCGUCGGUGACGGCCGUGCCGGGAGAAGAAGGCUGCCUGCGGCUACCGUGCCCCCGCCUCGAUCGACGCUGCUCCCGGGCUCCGAGGCAGGUCGUUGUUAUGGACAAGAGCGCCGUGGCCAAAAUGGGAGCGGUGGCCAGCGCCAGCGUGUGCGCCCUGGUCGGCGGGGUGGUGCUCGCUCAGUAUAUCUUCACCAUGAAGAAGAAGACGGGCAGAAAGACCAAGAUUAUAGAGAUGAUGCCUGAAUUUCAGAAAAAGACUGUCCAUAUCAAGGACCCAGGAAGAGUGGAAGAAAUUAUCUGUGGCCUCAUCAAAGGUGGAUCUGCCAAACUUCAGAUAAUUACAGACUUUGAUAUGACAUUAAGUAGAUUUUCCUACGCUGGCAAAAGAUGUCCAACGUGUCAUAAUAUCAUUGACAACUGCAAGCUCAUCACAGAUGAAUGUCGUAAAAAGUUAUUGCAACUGAAAGAAAUAUAUUAUGCCAUUGAAAUUGACCCAAAUCUUACAAUUGAAGAGAAGUAUCCUUACAUGGUUGAGUGGUACAAUAAAUCGCAUGCUUUGCUUAUUGAGCAAACAUUGCAAAAGGACAAGCUUGCAGAGAUUGUGAGGGAAUCAGAUGUUAUGCUGAAAGAAGGGUAUGAGAACUUCUUUGAUAAGCUCCAUGAGCACAAUAUUCCUGUAUUCAUAUUUUCUGCUGGAAUCGGCGACAUCUUAGAAGAGGUCAUCCAUCAGGCAGGUGUCUACCAUCCCAACAUCAAAGUAGUUUCCAAUUUCAUGGAUUUUGAUGAGAAUGGUGUACUGAAAGGAUUUAAAGGGGAAGUGAUACAUGUUUACAAUAAACAUGACGGUGCCUUGAAGAACACGGAGUACUUUAAACAGCUAAAAGAAAACAGUAACAUCAUAUUGCUUGGAGAUUCCCAAGGAGAUUUAACUAUGGCAGAUGGAGUGGCUAAUGUUGAGCAUAUUCUCAAGAUUGGGUAUCUUAAUGAUAAAGUUGAAGAACUGCUGGAAAAAUAUAUGGACUCCUAUGAUAUUGUUUUGGUGAAGGAUGACUCCUUGGAUGUGGCCAACUCAAUCCUGCAGAAGAUUCUGUAACCUGUUUUCAUCAGGAUUUGAUCUUUCCUCCCAAUGGAGGCAGAUGGACAUGCUUGUGUUAUCUUAGAAUAUUAAUGUUCAUUCUGUUUUCCAUGCUGAUAUCACUUUUUUUGAAAAGUAACAUACUGUGGACACCUAGAAGCUUCUCUGCUUCUAUUACACCCUUCAUCUUUAAUAUGCACAUUUUAUUUAUUCUAAUGAUGUAUGGAUCAACUGCAAAAGGGCUCCUUUGGUUUUUACCUGUGCAUAAUAAAGGGUCACUUUCAGAAUGUGUGGAAGUGUGGUAGAAAAUAUGCAAAACAUGUUGAAUAGCUAAAUGUGCAGUGUUUGAUUGCCCAGAUUACAGUUCUGUUCAUUAAAAUUGAAAGUAGUUUCAUAGUGCAGAGCUUUGUAUUUUCCUUAAAUUAUUCCAGAUCAUGGAUAAGAAAAUCAACUGUAAUUCUUUCCUAAUGGAAAGAGCAGCUUACGAAAAUCCUCAAACGAGGUUACAACUCUGUUGUAGUGUUCACUGAGCAGUGAAAUGAAUCUCUCCUUCCCACAACCUAUUAAGAACAGGUGUUAUAUCAUGAGCAGAGGAAAGUGCAGGGCUAUUUACAUUAGCAUUCAAUGACUACAGGAAUAGGCUUCUGCCUCCAGACAGGCUUUGGGGUAGUGGUUAAGUGUGCAGACUCUAAUCUGGGAGAACCGGGUUUGAUUCCCCACUCC